AACCAAGAAAAGGGCUACCGUUGCUUUCCACACACAAUUUCAAGAAGAGAUCUUUUCUUCUUCUCUUUCAGGAUUUCUCACAAUUCUAAACUCAUCCCAUUUUCUGGGACUAUCCUCUGCAUUGAGAAAGAAAGUGUUGAAGUUGCAUGGGUGUAUAUCCUUCUAGCCCUCUCACAGUUAACUCUGACUUAGACAUCAGUUUUGAGUCAUUCAUUGCAAAUCUGAUAAGCAAUGACAAGAUCAAUAAGCCUAUAAUUGAGUCCAUCAAUCUCCAAGGCAUACAAAAUGAGGGUGAUGACAUUGACAACAAAUGUAUGUUUGAUGAUCUGAUGAGCCCUUUGGCUGGAUCAUUGAUGGGGAGUAGUAUCCCUCAUUCUCCGAAACACGAGGCAGCUAUAAAGUUGCAGAAGGUUUACAAGAGUUUCAGAACCAGGAGAAAGUUAGCUGAUUGUGCAGUUCUCAUGGAGCAGAGCUGGUGGAAGCUGCUGGACUUUGCGGAGCUCAAGCAUAGCUCCAUUUCCUUCUUCGACAUUGACAGACACGAGACUGCCAUCUCGCGCUGGUCAAGAGCAAGAACCAGGGCUGCAAAGGUUGGAAAGGGGCUGUCCAGGAAUGGAAAAGCUCAGAAACUUGCUUUGCAGCAUUGGCUUGAAGCUAUUGAUCCACGGCACCGGUAUGGCCACAAUCUCCAUUUCUAUUAUGUUAAAUGGUUGAAUUCACAAAGCAAAGAGCCCUUCUUUUAUUGGCUAGAUAUUGGAGAAGGGAAAGACAUCAAUAUUGUCGAGAAGUGCCCUCGUUCGAAACUUCAGCAACAAUGCAUCAAGUAUCUUGGUCCGAUGGAACGAAAGGCGUAUGAAGUUGUGAUUGAGGGUGGGAGGCUCUUAUACAAGCAGACAGGGGAGCCCCUUCACACCACUAGGGGUUCUAAGUGGAUUUUUGUCCUCAGCACGUCGAGGACAUUGUAUGUCGGGAAGAAAAAGAAGGGCACGUUCCAACACUCGAGUUUCUUGGCAGGCGGAGCCACACUGGCUGCCGGGAGGAUAGUAGCUGAAAAUGGAGUCUUGAAGGCAGUUUGGCCUCACAGUGGUCAUUACAAGCCAACACCAGAAAAUUUCCAAGAUUUCAUAUCAUUUCUCAGGGAGAACAAUGUGGAUCUCGAUGAUGUUAAGCUUGAUUCCACCGAUGAAGAAGAAGACCAUCUGUACAAUGCAUCAGAAGAUGAUGCAGCUUCAACAUCAUCAUAUAAAGCUGAGUCUGCAGAAGAAAGCACCACAUGUGCUUCUCUGCAGACGCGCCAAUCAAGAGGCUUCAGUCGAGAACUGACUGCCCUCGAGAUACCUUGCAAAGACAGCUUGUUAGAGAAGCUGAUGUCUGAAAAACAAAGAUCAAGCUCUGAUGAUUUCCUCCUAGAAUCACCAACUGAGUCCGAUGAGGCCAAGGCCGAAGAGGAGAGCUUUUCACAAAGAUUCAACCAACACAAAGACAGCAAGUCUUUCCAGCUGGGAAAGCAGCUGUCUUGCAACUGGAGCACCGGGGCAGGCCCUCGGAUUGGCUGUGUGAGAGUCUAUCCUUGGCGCCUCCAAGAACGCGCCUUAGAGGAAGUGAAUCUGUCUCCAACAAGCAUCCAACGGCUGAGAUUAGACGCCCCUUUGCUAUCUGAAUCGCGACGAGCAGGCAUCAGUAUUCUUUCUUGCCGGACUAGUAGCGUUCAUUCCACAAAACAGUCCUCACCUCUACAUUCACUCUCAUACUGAAAUAGUGUUCAUUUUUUUUUAUUUUAAGCCAUUUCAAGGGAAGGGAAUUCUUUGGUUUUUCAUUGCAAUAGGAAAAUUCCCAUCAUUUUUAUAAUUUUUUAACCAUAUUUUUAGAAUACCCAUGUACAUCAAUUUUGUUCUCCGAAUCUACUACAGAAUACUAGAAGAUGAUGUAGGUUGUAUAUAUAUUUUGACAAUGUAACUCCUUGGAAUAUAUAUGUGAUUCUUUC